CGUCAUAAACGGUUUUGAUAUACGAACCUUUUCACAAAAAUUUACGUUUAUUUGUAGAUAUAUGGAUACCCAGGAUCUCAAUAAACAACCUCUAGGAAUUUUUUAAAGUUUGCAGCCUUUUAAAAAAUUACCUAGUUUGCUUUGAGUAUUCUUAUUUUUCACGUUUCAUAAUAUGAUUCAUGAUCUAAGUGUUACCUAAUAACAGGAAAUUUUAAUUAGCCGCCUACGCCGUAGAACUAGUAUCAAAGUUACAAGCAGCUAUAUUUUUGUCGUGCUGGUACUUAAUAUGGGAGAUUUAAAAAUAACAGACCAGAAAUCUCUUAAGUCUAUUAAAAGUAUUUUAGCCAGUGGAACUGAUCUUUGCAAACUUGGACCAAAAGGAAAACUAUAUUGCCGACAUUAUUAUAUUGAUGUACAGAAUUUGAUGUUGAAAUAUCGAGGCUCAAAAAAAAAGUUCGAUGUCAGCAACCGAAGUUUUUGGACAUUUGUGAUAUUGAAGCUGUAUGUAAAGGGUGGAAAACUGAUGCUCCUAAAAUCUCAGGAAAAAGAUCAGCUAACGAGGAUUUAUUUUUUUAUGUUGUUGUGGAAUAUAAUGAAAUUAUAUACUUCAUGGCACACAGUAUGGAAAUGGCUCAAGGAUCAAUUUCGAAAAGCUGAUGUGAACGGCAAUGGAAGCCUAAACUUUGCCGAAUGUACCUCUUUGCUCAAGCAGCUCAAUAUCUGCAUGGAUAAAAAGCAUGUCAAAGCACUGUUUGAU